CCAGUCCAGGAGGCUCCACACCUGAACACCUCCCCUCUGCACCUGCUCCUCUGACCUGCUCCACCCUCCACCCACCAGAACCAUGACCUGCUGUGGCUGCUCUGGGGGCUGUGGCUCCAGCUGCUGUGUGCCUGUCUGCUGCUGCAAGCCCGUGUGCUGCUGUGUGCCGGCCUGUCCCUGCUCUAGCUGUGGGUCCUGCGGGGGCUCCAAGGGGGGCUGUGGGUCCUGCGGUGGCUCCAAAGGGGGCUGUGGGUCCUGUGGGGGCUCUAAGGGAGGCUGUGGGUCCUGUGGGGGCUCUAAGGGAGGCUGUGGGUCCUGUGGGGGCUCCCAGUCCUGCUGCUGCAAGCCCGUGUGCUGCUGUGUGCCGGCCUGUCCCUGCUCCAGCUGUGGAUCCUGCGGGGGCUCCAAGGGGGGCUGUGGUUCAUCCUGCUGCCAGUCCAGCUGCUGCAAACCCUGCUGCUCCCAGUCCUGCUGCUGCAAACCCUGCUGCUGUGAGUCCUGCUGCUGCAAACCCUGCUGUUCCCAGUCCUGCUGCUGCAAACCCUGCUGCUCCCAGUCCAGCUGCUGUAAGCCUUGUUGCUGUGAGUCCUGCUGCUGCAAACCCUGCUGCUCCCAGUCCAGCUGCUGCAAACCCUGCUGCUCCCAGUCCAGCUGCUGUAAGCCCUGUUGCUGUGAGUCCAGCUGCUGCAAACCCUGCUGCUCCCAGUCCAGCUGCUGCAAACCCUGCUGCUCCCAGUCCAGCUGCUGUAAGCCCUGCUGCCCUGAGGCUAGCUGCUGUGUCCCCAUUUGCUGUCAGCGCAAGAUCUGAGGCUCUGGCCACCAACCUUCAGUGUCCUGUGCUGAUGCAGGGCCCAGGCUGCCCAGCCCACUGCCCUGGGGCUGUUUGACUUCACCUCCCCACGUCUUCACUCCCUGACUUCCUCAUCUGCACACCCCAGUUUAGGUAACAUAUUAUCGAGAUGGGUGGAACCCUGGGACCACCUCCUGGUUCAUCGCCUACCUCUUCUCCUGGACCUUCCCUCUCUGCCCCUCACCUGACUGAAGACCCCAACUGGCCCCCAGAGACCCAUGAGGCAGCCUGGACACCUGGGACCGUGAGAGCUGCCCCUCCUUUCAGGAUCUGCAAGGACCCUCUGGCUCCUUGUAUAUCAAAACCUAAUCCCCAGUCUUCCAAAUAAACAGUUGACAAGCACAAA